GAGUGGUGAGUGUGUCCUCCCUUCUGUCUGCACCUGUGGGCGUAUUUGUGGGCGUGCUUGAAUCUUCUCUGGCAGCCUUGGCAGCACUGUCUCGUUGUCUGGUUUCAAACACCUGCAGCUCAUCUCACUGACGACCUGCUGCUGGUUGGAGGCCCGGUCUUCACCUCCAGGCCUGGUCCGGUUCUCCUCUGAGUGCUGUUUCCUUUCCUCAUCUACCGGAGGCGGUCUUUAGGACAGAGGGCGUGGCCUGGUGGUAUCUAGGCAGUGACGUCAGGGGGAGCUGUUCAGUGCUUGUGGUGCUGAAGAGAACCCUGUCUGCCUGGCUCAGUCAUUCAGCCGCUGCUCGCUCUCUCGUCUGCUCGGUCGGUCCGCGGCCGUCAGCCGGUCCACCAUCGGUCAGCACAGGAGAAUACCGAAGAACAAGAACAAAAAGAAGGAGGAAAAAAAACAAAACCCAAACUGCAACGCGUCUACACAUCAACCUGAAACCCAGGCGGGAGAGAUUUUCUCGAAGUCUCAGAGUGAUGCUGAUAUCUGAGGACGCCUCCCUCCUGGAGUGGUCGUCUCAGCCGUCGCAGCCGUAGAACCUGUCGUCAGGAGUCCAGGCCGUCCAUGAUGGCAGCAGCAGCAGCAGCAGCAGCACGCUCCCGGUCUCUGCUCCUCCACCGCCGCUGCACACGGCGUGAUUACUGAGGAAAAGGAAGUGAGACGGAGACCAGCUCGACCGUGAAGAUAAAAAUCCUCCAAACCAUACAGAUUUUUAUCCCGGUUUAAGAAGGUGUGGGAGUAAAUGCUGAGUGUGAGGUGAGGAAGAAGCUCCAGAGGAAGAACAAGAAGAAGGCCAGAAGAGAAAAGUCAUGGUCCUCCACACCACCCCCUACUCCAGUGCUUGUAUGCACUUCCUGGACGGCUUGUCGUGGAGCCUGGUGUUCCCCUGCUACUGGCUCCUGGACCGCCUCCUGGCCUCGUGCGUGGCCACGUCGCUGGAGAAGCGGCAGCGCUCCCAGGAUCCCUGCUCCUUCCUGACCCUGUGUGUCCUGAUCACCACACCCCUGUACCUGCUCCUCCUCCUCACCUCUCUGCCUUUCGCCCUGCUGGGUUUCCUCAUCUGGGCGCCCCUGCAGGCCGUCCGCCAGCCUUAUCUUUACACCUACAGCAGACCUGACAAGCACCAGGCCGAGCAGGGCCAGGCAGGACCUGGGGCAGUCGGAGAAUGGAGGCCACAGGGCAGGAGCUUCUGUUUCUGCAGCGCCAAUGUUUGUCUCCUGCCCGACUCCCUGGCCAGAUUCAACAACCUGUCGGACACUCACAGGAGAGCCCGCGAGGUCGGGAAGAGGAUUCGUAACGGCGCCAGCCGCCCUCAAAUCAAAAUCUACAUCGACUCACCCACAAACACUUCCAUCAGUGCGACAUCCUUCAGCAGCCUGGCCACAGGUUUCCGUCGCACCUCCUCUCUGGACCAGCGCCCAGAACAAACACACACCACCAACGCCCCCGCAGACGCCGAGUCUGAGGCGGUCACCGAGUGUCCAGUCCACUCCACAGGUGCUGUGGACUGCCCUGUUCAUCCAGCCGCUGGAGACCAAGGAUGUCCCCUUCACACAGAUGGUGCGGACACCGUGGCCGACUGCCAACUCCACCCUGCAGGAGCUAACAACAACUCAGGAGAGUCUACAGACUGCCCCGUCCACUCCCCCGGCUCCACCGACUGCCCCGUCCACGGUGAGGAGAGCCAGACCCAGACCCAGACCCAGACCUCCUCAGACUGCCCGUUUCACAGCUCAGGGGUUCAAAUCAGCAUUAGUGCUCCGGAGCCUGACCCACAGGGAGAAGAGGCCGAGAGAGGGAACCACCGUGGGGGGGAGCCCGGAGUGGGGGUGGACUCCGGCAGCAUGACUGCCUCCAGGGAGUCUCUUUCUCGUUACCACGGAGGAGACACCGGAGCGGGGACCACGUCCAACAACACUCUCACUCACGUUCCCCGCAUGUCCAUCUUCAAGCGGCCGGGACGGAAACGCCGCCACGGAGAUGAGACGUUUGACCACGAGGUCUCUGCCUUUUUCCCUGCCAACUUGGAUUUCCUGGCUCUACAGGAAGUGUUUGACCACGGCUCCACCACCAGACUGCGGAGGCAGCUGCAUCGUUACUUCCCCUUCGUGCUGAGUGACGUGGGGCGGUACGGCUGGAAGGGCUGCUGCUCCAGGUUCAAGUUCCUCAACAGUGGUCUGAUGCUGGCCAGCCGCUACCCUAUUCUGGACGCACGGUUUGAGUGCUAUCCCAAUGGAAGAGGAGAGGACGCACUGGCAGCAAAGGGGGCGCUGUUUGCCAAGGUUCACGUGGGCACCUCCCAUCAGGAGCAAAGGGUUGUGGGAUACCUCACGUGUACGCACCUCCACGCCAUAGAAGGUACAGUGACUUUGCGGUGUGAGCAGCUGGACCUGUUGCUCCGGUGGGGCUCAGAGUUUCGUCAGUCCUCGUCCCAGACGCCUGAGGGGGAGAAGGUGCUGGAAGACCUGGUGGCCUUUGAUGUCAUCCUGGGUGACCUCAACUUCGACAACUGCUCGUCAGAGGACAAGCUGGAGCAGCAGCACGCACUUUUUACUCAGUACAAGGACCCAUGUCGCCUGGGGCCGGGGGAGGACAAACCAUGGGCCCUGGGUACCCUACUGGACCCCAGUGGCCUUUAUGACGACGAGGUCAGCUCCCCUGAAGGUUUACAAAAAGUGAUGGAGAACGAGGAUGGAAGGAAGGAAUACCUGGUGUUUCCUCCCAGUAAGAGCCAGUGUCCUGCCAACAGCCAGAAGGGAAGAAAGAUCCCUCUGAAGGGAAACGGACGUCGCAUCGACUACAUCCUCUACAGCGACGAGGGCCUGAAUCAGGACUGGAAACUGGAAAUCGAGGAUUUCAGCUUCGUCACCCAGUUGGCUGGUCUCACCGACCACCUGUCUGUGGCCAUGCGAUUGGCUGUUUCCACCGGGGAGGAGGAGUCUUAGAUGGACCUACCUGAGAUUU